UCUUUCCCCUGCAGCCCCGCCCACAUGUUUCUGGCUCUCUGUACCUGGCAGCCGCCGUAAUCUGAACAACAGCUUUUACCGGCUUCCAUGGACAUUGAGCGGCUUCAGAUUCCUAAAGCUCUCCCUCUGUCCCCUCACUCGUCCUCUCCGCCUGCAGCUCUUAUUGGCAGCUGCAUUAUUCCACCCUGCUGAGUUAUCGGUAUUCCUCUGCUGCUGCACCUCGAUGCAUUGUGUGAGUAAUUGUUAUUGACUCUUUGUUGUUGUUGUUGUUGUUGUUGUUGUUGUUGGGCCCCUCCUCUCCGGGUGAGGAUGUUCUCGUCCUCGUCCAGAAGCUCUCUGUUCUCGCCCUGGUCGUCCAUGGAGCAGUCGGACAGCGAGGCGCUGGACAUCAGCACCAAGGUGCAGCUGCACGGCGUGCUGUGGAAGAGACCCUUCGGACGGCCGUCUGCAAAGUGGUCCCGCAGAUUCUUCAUCAUCAAAGACAGCUUCCUGCUGUACUACGCAGAGAGUGAGAAGAGGAGCUUCGAGAGCAACAGGAUCUUCAACAUCCACCCGAAGGGAGUGAUUCCUCUCGGAGGAUGUGUGGUUUCGGCUAACGACAACAUGGGGAUGCCCUUCGCCAUCGUCAUCAACCUGGAGGACUUCUCAGCUGCGGGACAACGAGCAGCAUUCCCUCGCCCUGCAGCAGGAGAGAGAGUUCUUCUCGUCUCAGGCCCACGCUCUGCAGCAGUCCCUCUCUCAGCUCACGGUGGACAAACAGCAGACUGAGGCCGAGCUCAAGGCGGAGAUCGAGUCCCGGGUGGAGCUGGAGAAGCGGCUGCAGCAGGCGGAGGAGGCUCUGCAGGAUCUGGAGAAAGGUCUGGAGUCUCUGGAGCGAACCAAAGAGACGGAGGAGAAGAUGAAGGGAGACGUCACUCAGCUCAGGAGAUUCUUCGAGGACUGCAUCAGCGCUGCAGAGAUCGAGGCGAAGCUGCCGGCGAUAAUGAAGAACGCCGUGUAUCUGCACAAAGCGGCCGCUCGCAGGAUCAAGAGCUGCCGGAUCCAGAGGAGAGCGUCCAGACGCCACUGGUUGAAACACUCCAAAUCCUUCGCAGUAGCGAGCUCUGACGACAGCAUGGAGGAUCUGCGUGAGACGGCCCGUCGCCUGACCUCUGACAGCAGCUUCAGAGAGAGCGUCUACAAGAUCAUCGCCCGCCAGGACGCCUCCAACAAACCAGAGGACUGAAGAGAAACCUUAGCUUCACCUCAGUCCAGCAUGUGUAGAGACCUGAUCACAAACCCAUCAUUAACAUGCUGUAGAGGGAGGUACACAGCAAUCUGUUUGAUGGAGGCUGUCUAAAGUGUUUGAACUGCUUUCAGUUAGCCAAAGAGUAUUUAUUAGAAGUGAAAACCCAUGUAUAAUAAGCUAUAACAUUAUGAUUAUAUUCAACGUUAACAUGUGGGACCUUAUAUGUAGCAGAUAGCACAGACAAUGCAAAUCCGUCUUGUAAAAUGUUUGUUUUUAUUAUUCUGGUUUUGAUUGUUUGCACAGGUUGUCUCCUUUAAUUUAACAGAAGGUUUCAUGAUAACAAUGAACUCACAUGUUGGGAUUUCCACCUUGCAUUAUUGCUACAUCUUAAAAAACGUGUCCUCGACGAAGCAACUCGAUGUCUUUCACUGACGCAAGCAUUUAAUGACAAUGUAAAAAUGAUAAGUUAACACCAGAAUUGAUAGAGGAAGGUAAGAGGGAACAUGAUAAGGACUGAUCGACAUGCCUUGAUGCUAAUAAAGCUGUGUUUGAACCUG